GAAAGAGAAACUAGUAACAACCAACCUUUCCUUUGCACUUGCAGAUCAACAAAAGGGAUUCUUGGGUCCUAGAGACCAAAGAAAGAAUCAGCAGGAAUGCCCAGGGUGAAUUGAUGGAUUGCAGAGCCUGGCUGGCACGCUUUGUGCCCACCCCACCUCCAAAUCAUCUUAAUUACAAGUCAGAGGGCAGGCUUAGUGAACAAGACUGGCAAGCACAUUUCAAGGUCCCAUGUUGUGGGGUUGAUGCAUCUCAACUUGAGUCAGAAGAGGCAGAAGUGGAUGUGAGAGAAAGAGAGACACAGAGAGACAGAGAGCCAAAGAGGGCAAGAGACUUGACUUUAAGAGACUCCUGUACUGACAACUCCAUGCAGUUCGGAACCAGAACGACUCCGGCUGAACCAGGGUUCAUGGGGACAUGGCAAAACGCUGAUACUAACCUCUUAUUCAGAAUGUCCCAACAGGUUCCACUGGCAUGUGCUGGCAGAGUGCUGGGUGCAGACUUCUGCCCAGACCUGGAGGAGCCAGACCAGAGGCUGGAAGUCCAGGCCAUCCGUUGCACGCUGGUAAACUGCACAUGUGAAUGUUUUCAGCCGGGGAAGAUUAACCUGAGGACUUGCGAUCAGUGUAAACAUGGCUGGGUGGCACAUGCCUUGGAUAAGCUCAGCACGCAGCACCUGUACCACCCCACCCAAGUGGAGAUUGUGCAGUCCAACGUGGUGUUUGACAUCAGCAGCCUGAUGCUCUACGGGACGCAGGCAGUGCCUGUGCGACUAAAGAUUCUGCUGGACCGGCUCUUCAGUGUCCUGAAGCAAGAGGAAGUGCUGCACAUACUGCAUGGCCUGGGCUGGACUCUGAGGGACUACGUCCGGGGAUACAUCCUUCAGGAUGCUGCCGGCAAGGUGCUGGACCGCUGGGCCAUCAUGUCUCGAGAAGAGGAAAUCAUCACCCUUCAGCAGUUUCUGAGGUUUGGAGAAACCAAAUCCAUUGUGGAGCUGAUGGCAAUUCAGGAGAAAGAAGGGCAGGCCGUGGCUGUACCAUCUUCAAAGACAGACUCAGAUAUAAGGACUUUCAUUGAGAGCAAUAAUCGCACCAGGAGUCCCAGCCUCCUUGCUCACUUAGAGAACAGCAAUCCUUCCAGCAUUCAUCACUUCGAAAACAUCCCCAACAGCCUUGCAUUUCUGCUUCCAUUCCAGUACAUAAACCCUGUCUCAGCCCCUCUGCUAGGGUUGCCUCCAAACGGGCUACUUCUAGAGCAACCAGGACUGAGGCUGCGGGAACCAAGCCUUUCAACCCAGAAUGAAUAUAAUGAGAGCAGCGAGUCUGAAGUGUCUCCCACACCUUAUAAGAAUGAUCAGACACCAAAUAGAAAUGCCCUGACCAGCAUUACCAAUGUGGAGCCCAAAACCGAGCCAGCCUGUGUCUCCCCCAUUCAGAAUUCUGCCCCAGUCAGUGAUCUCACCAAAACUGAACACCCAAAAAGCUCAUUCCGGAUUCACCGGAUGAGAAGGAUGGGGUCGGCCUCCAGGAAGGGAAGAGUGUUCUGUAACGCAUGUGGGAAGACUUUCUAUGACAAAGGUACUCUCAAAAUUCAUUAUAAUGCUGUUCAUCUGAAGAUCAAACAUCGAUGCACCAUCGAAGGCUGCAACAUGGUCUUUAGCUCCCUCCGAAGCCGAAAUCGGCAUAGUGCAAACCCCAACCCUCGCCUUCACAUGCCUAUGUUAAGAAAUAACCGAGACAAAGAUUUAAUUCGGGCCACAUCAGGAGCUGCCACCCCCGUCAUAGCGAGUACGAAAUCAAAUCUCACACUCACGAGUCCUGGCCGGCCCCCAAUGGGUUUUACCACUCCCCCACUAGACCCCGUCUUACAGAAUCCUCUCCCUAGCCAGCUGGUAUUUUCUGGGCUAAAGACUGUACAGCCUGUUCCUCCAUUUUAUAGAAGUUUACUCACUCCAGGGGAAAUGGUGAGUCCUCCAACCUCCCUCCCAACCAGUCCCAUCAUUCCAACCAGUGGUACCAUAGAGCAGCACCCCCCACCACCUUCUGAGCCAGUAGUGCCAGCAGUGAUGAUGGCCACCAUUGAGCCUAGUGCCGACCUGGCACCCAAGAAAAAGCCCAGGAAGUCAAGCAUGCCAGUAAAGAUUGAGAAGGAAAUAAUCGAUACUGCUGAUGAGUUUGAUGACGAAGAUGAUGACCCCAACGAUGGCGGAGCUGUGGUCAAUGACAUGAGCCAUGACAAUCAUUGCCACUCCCAAGAGGAGAUGAGCCCAGGCAUGUCUGUGAAGGACUUUUCUAAGCAUAACAGGACCAGGUGCAUUUCAAGGACUGAAAUAAGAAGGGCUGACAGCAUGACUUCUGAGGACCAGGAGCCCGAGCGGGACUAUGAGAACGAGUCUGAGUCUUCAGAGCCCAAACUGGGUGAGGAAUCCAUGGAAGGGGAAGAGCACAUUCACAGUGAGGUGAGUGAAAAAGUCCUGAUGAGCAGUGAGAGGCCUGAUGAGAACCACAGUGAACCCUCUCACCAGGAUGUCAUCAAGGUGAAGGAAGAAUUCACAGAUCCCACUUAUGACAUGUUUUACAUGAGCCAGUAUGGACUGUACAACGGUGGGGGGGCUAGCAUGGCUGCCCUACACGAAAGUUUUGCAUCGUCCCUGAAUUAUGCCAGUCCUCAAAAGUUCUCCCCAGAAGGUGACCUGUGUUCUAGCCCAGACCCCAAAAUCUGUUAUGUGUGCAAGAAGAGUUUCAAAAGCUCCUACAGCGUGAAGCUUCACUACAGAAACGUUCACUUAAAAGAGAUGCACGUCUGCACAGUGGCUGGCUGCAAUGCUGCCUUCCCCUCGCGCCGAAGCAGAGACAGACACAGUGCCAACAUAAAUCUGCAUCGUAAACUGUUGACCAAAGAACUCGAUGACAUGGGCCUGGACUCGUCGCAGCCUUCCCUUAGCAAGGACCUCCGGGAUGAAUUUUUAGUGAAGAUCUAUGGUGCCCAGCACCCCUUGGGGCUCGAUGUCAGGGAAGAUGCCUCCUCUCCCGCUGGGACUGAAGACUCCCACCUGAACGGGUAUGGGAGAGGCAUGGCCGAGGACUACAUGGUCCUUGAUCUGAGCACCACCUCUAGCCUCCAGUCCAGCAGCAGCAUCCAUUCCUCCAGAGAAUCCGAUGCAGGCAGCGAUGAGGGGAUUCUUCUCGACGACAUUGAUGGGGCGAGUGACAGUGGGGAGUCUGCACACAAGGCUGAGGCCCCCACCCUCCCUGGGAGUCUAGGGGCUGAAGUUUCAGGAUCUCUUAUGUUCAGCAGCUUGUCUGGGAGCAAUGGUGGGAUCAUGUGCAACAUUUGCCACAAAAUGUACAGCAACAAGGGGACACUGAGGGUGCACUACAAAACUGUGCAUUUGCGAGAGAUGCACAAGUGCAAAGUCCCUGGUUGCAAUAUGAUGUUUUCCUCUGUGCGAAGCCGAAACCGGCACAGUCAGAACCCUAAUCUCCACAAAAACAUUCCCUUCACUUCAAUAGAUUAGUCCCAGAACGGACACUACAAAUGCCAGCUCUCACCAGAUGGCCUACAUCUUUGAACUGCCAUAGUCAGUGUGCGCUUACCUACGUGGCGGGGGUGUAUAUGUGUGUGCACAUGUGUAUGCCUCUGUGUCUACAUACACACACAUACGCACAUUUUCUUUUCUUUAGAUAAAAAGAUAAACACUAGGUGCUUUUGAAUUUUUUUCUUUUUCCUUUAUAGUUUUGGGAAAGGGAUGGGAUCUUUAAUUCGGGGGUGAAAACAGAGUGCCCCUUUAAACACACACACACACACACACACACACACACACACACACACACACAGCGUGCAACUAGCCCCAAUUUUGAUAGAAUAAUUUUUGGUCUUCUCCAAAGAGACAAUUUGUUGUACCCAUGACUGUUGCCUGCAAAAAAAUAAAAGGGAAAAAAGAAAAAAGAAACAAAAAGGAACUUCUAAUAGUUGUCUUUUGUGAACUUUAAGGUUUUGAGAGAAUCUUCAAUUAAAGCAUGGCAGAUUCACCUGUAAAUAUUUAGCCUUGAGAGGCCAAUGAUGUAAAACAAUUGUAUUGAUGGUCGUUUAACUCUUUUGUUUAAUUUUUACAGUUACAUCCAGCUGUUAGAUAUGCAGGAGAAAAAUAGUUUGCUGGCUAGCUCUAUUCAUUUAUGUUAGCAUUAAUGCACAUUUUUUUUAAAAAAAACAUGGUCUUGUUUUUACUACCUGUUAGAUAUAGUGAUAAAGAAGUGCUGGCAUGCUUUACAGCACAGAUCUGAUUUUUUAAAAUGUCCUGUACUAGUACGUAAAUCCAGUCAUGCACUUUUUAUCAUACACUACAAGGGGAUGUGUAAUAUCCAGGCUUCUUUUUUUUUUUAAACUUUAAACUAUUGCCAUACUUCAGUAAGUGUCUUUUUUAAAAAAUCCACUUGUAUAAAAAUGGUCUGGUCAGUAUAGGGCACAAAUGCCAAACAAAAGUAUUAGUGUUAACACAAAACUGCCAACUUUGCACAAGUUUCCAGAAAAGAAAAUACAAUUAGUCACUCAACAUAACCACAGGCCAAUUUGUCGACCACCAGAAAACCGCUUUGAAAAAAAACACUUGGUGAUUCUUUCAAGUGCUGAAUGUUAUUAGAAUCAACAUUGCAUCCUUCUUGCUUAUAUGUUAAAUUACAUAAAAGGAAAACAAAAUUAUGUGGUGUGAAUCAGCCAAGGCAUUUUUUCUUUAGAGGCAGGAUAAUAUUUCAGGAUACAAAAGCCCAAAUUACUCACUAUGGAACAAAGCUGAAUGCAGUAAUAGAGUUGAACACUCCUUUCCAAGGCCCUAACCCUUAUCCUUUUUAAAGAAAGUCAGUCUAAACUGGAUUGGUCUGUUGUAUGGCCGUCUCAUUUGUGGCAAAUUCUGCAGUAGUGCUACGAUUCAGGCCUGUUUGAUAGACAAAAUCAAAGGCUGUUUAACAGCAGCAGUACUUGGAAGCUCUGAGAACACAUGCUAAACUUGAAUUGAGCAACACUCCUUCCGAAAGGCAGAGGAAGGGGGGUUGAGAUAGGAUCUCACUGUGUAGUGUUUUGUUUCCCCACACAAAUUUGUCAGAGAAAAUGAAAGCAAGCCUGAAACCAAGCAAUAGAGAGUGGGGGUGGUGGGGAGGGGGGUCUGCUCCAAACUUUUGUUUUGUUUUGUUUUGUUUUGUUUUGUUUUGUUUUGUUCUGUUUCCGAUGUUUACACAUGUUGCCUGAGCUGGUUAACCACAUCGGCAGCCUGAGCUACCACAACAUACUGACUAAAUGAUGAUAUUUACUCAAGUUCAGUCCGCAGCCAAAACUAUUAAGAGUGUGGACUGCAGACUGUUGUCUUUUUUUUCUUUCUUUCUUUCUUUCUUUUAAAUGGGGAGGGGGUGACAUUAAACAAGGAAUAGUUUGUCAAACAAUACACAAUAUAAAGAGAAUGUAUUUCUUAUUUUGCAUUUAAUGGCCUCAAACAUUUCUCCCAUCUGUCUAAAAGUUAGAAAUACCCUUCGUUUCAAUGUUUCAUGUCAUUUCCAUUUUUCCUAUGUUCUGUAAUUAUUUUUUUCUGUGUUCACUUCAGCAUUCACUUCCGUUAAAUUUGCCAAAGGAAACUGUUAAUAUGUUUCUGUUAUUAUUAUUCCUGUAGGAUUUAUUGUACCUCACAGUAUUUAUUGUUUCCAAAAAUAAGCACCAUUCGUUGGGGAUUCAGUAUUUUUAUUUGUGAAAAUUUCAGAAACAAUAGAUUCUUAAAGAUAAGCUAGAUAUAUCUAGGAGCUUUAUCUUUUUGCCUCCUUCUGAGGAUGCUAGGGAGGAUGCUAUGGGGUUCGUUUGAUUCUUCAUUUGUUCUACAGUGAGGAAAGACCAAAAGUAUUUGCAGUACAAAAGAAACUAUAUCAAACACUAUGUCUGUUAAAUGACAAAUGUUUACGGUAAAAAGCUGAGGAAUUAGUAAUAACCAUUUUUGUUUUCUUGUACCUUUGAAUUCCCCAAAGUCUUAAUUGCUUUAUUUUGGUGUUGUGUUAAAUUGAAUAGACAGAGAUGUUUUCCUUUGUUUUAUACCUUAUAAGACUCUGUACAGUAUGUUUGUUAAAGAUUGAACCAGAAUAAUGAACGUUUGUUUGCAAACAUUUUGGUCCUCUUAGCAUUCUGUGUAUUUCGUUGUUGCCCUAUUACCAAAUGACUAGAUUCAACAUGGGUGGAAAAUAUUUUUAGAAUCCCAAAAAAAGAUUAUGGCAACUCUGGCUUUUGGAGUGCAUAGACGAAAUUACACCUAUUUUAAUGGGAAUUAAUACACCUUUGAAUUUCAGCAACUUUUUAAAAAGUUACACUCUUUGUUGAGAUAUUAGAACUCAUCUGUACAAAGUCAGCCUUUAGUCUGUUUAGUUUAAUGUCAAGUAAAAAGUCAAAUAGCCCUAGUGAGUGAAUUACAUAGCUGUCUGGAGGUCAUGUCACCAAAUGAACCAGGCUGAGAACAACUUUAUGUUGCUUCCCACAAACCAGGUGAAUGGCUAUAGCCAGUUCGAAAAAAGUAAUGUGAUUCUAGAAGUAUAAUUUCCCUUACUUGACAUGAAUGUGUUCACCUUUUUUUUUUUUCUUUGUCAGAGAAAUGGCAGUAAGUCCUGGGGCAGCUGGCACUUUUAAGUAUCUCCCCUAUUUGCUGCUACUAUUGUGCCUCGAGUGCCCAAUUGUUAUGGCGGCCUUCAAAACAAGUAAAUAGCAUUUUCCAAUAUAAAGCUUGUUUGCUUAUAAAGGAUAAGGGGAGUGGAUGGAUGUUGUGCAUAAAAUUGUAAAAUCUAAAGUGUACAAUUACUGUAGUCCCACGUGUGGCUUGUUCCUGGGUAUGCCUGGGUGCAGGGUUGUGACUGAAUUGCAAUUCUACUUAAGGUGGUGGUCCCGAGGCUUAUGUGCAGAUGGAAGGGAUAAAGAGAUCAGCGUUUUAAUCAUUGAGCUCUUCCUCUUUGCCCAUUCCUACCACUUUUUUUCAUGGGAGUUUCUUGUUAAACAGUUUCUCUCUUGCUACAUCCAUUUUAUGCUGGCUGAAAAUUAAUAGAAAUAUACAUUUUCAUCCAAGCAGCUUUUGGUUGAUGUUAGCCAGAGUUUUGUCACAGGUACAAAAUUAAGGCAGUAUUAUUGUGCAUGCUUUCUAGCCGAUGUUGAAACUUACUAUUUUUAUCAUUUUAAACUAUGUUUUUUGUAAAUACAAGAAAGACUUGGUCCACUUUGGGAAUAUCUGCAUGCUGUGGAGGGGGAAGAAAGAGAGAAGAAGAAAAGGGAUAGAUAAUAAGUAAUUUGGUUUUUAAAAUGUGAUACAAAGCUUGAUCAUCUUAGUUCUGACAGUCAUGCUAGUUAAAUAAGUCAACCAGAUGUACUUCAUUUCAGGUCUCACUCAGAUGCCCUGUUCAGUCUGAUGGCUUUUUUAAGGUUGGAUGGUGUAAAUGUUUUGCUUUUCAAUAUGACAAGCAUUUUAAAAACAAACAAACAAACAUUGUUUUAGCCCCGUGGUGCCACUGUCCUUGCAGUGUGAUUUCAUUGGUCAUGAAUUUCCAGGUCCUUCCAGGAAGAGGAAGAAGGUGCUUAACUGGUUAAUCCGUGUUUAUGUAUAUAUUGUUCCCCUGCCCUCCAGGAAAACUCUGACAAUGUGGAGAAUAGGCUGGCCCAGAGGUACCCUUCCUCAUCUUCCUCAGAAGAAGCUGCAACUAAUUUCCCACCAAAUAAAGUGUGCCCUUUCUCCCCCACUUCCUUUGUUCACGUCUAGAUGUGUGCCCAGCAAAUGAGACCAGGGGCGCUCGGUAAUGACAAUAUAAAGAAGCUAGUAAACAGAUUGAGAUGGACACGUUGCUGCUGCUAACAGCUUGACCCGAGCAGUCCUAACUUGUGUCUGGUCUGCUGCAUCGGGUUAGAUUGACUAAUAGUAAAUAGAAUCUACUGUCACAAGACACACUACACCUGCCAUCAGGAGUCACUAGGGGAUUCGCUCUCAUCGCGAGCACACCCUUUUCCAAAGAGCUCUUCAAAGUUAGACAGAUCUUAUUAUUUUUUUUUUUAAAUCACCUUCCCUUGAACUUGGAAUGUCUUAGGGGGUCUUGCUUUUCCCUCUCAUUCUUCGUUUUUAACAGGAGGGAUCUAAAUGAGUAAGGAGGGUGUGUAAAAGGCACAUGCCAAAAAGACUGGAGGCAUCACUCUUUUCCAUCAAAAAGUAAGUAAGAUGAAGUAGAGGGUUGAGACCUGCCCUAGUUUGGGGUGGGUGGAAAAGAAAAUAGUUACUGCACUGGAAAUGUGUAAGCGGAAAGUCUGGUACAGCUGUACCUAGCAGUGGGUGACAGUAUUAUAGAUGCCAUGGUCUGUAGCAGGCGAGUCACUGACCACAUCUGGGGAAGGGAAUGAGGAUAGCAAGGACAGCUGUGUGGGCUAGGAAAGUUCUUUAGGGGUCAUGGAAGCCAACAAGGGCAACUGGGGGAUUUGGGUUUACUUGUGAAUUGUUUUGGGUUGGAAGUAAUGCUAGAGUCCCUUGGGGAGUAAAAAGAUUCAAGCAGUCACCUAGGUUCUAAAAAAGACUAGUGGUGAGACCUAUUUCUUAUCAUAAUGAGAGGAACAGUAGGUCUGAGUGGUGCCAGCGCGAAUCUUCCCUCAUCACUACUUUUUCUUGCCACUAUAGCAAUGCACAAAGCUGUGGUUUGAACACUAGUUGGCUGAUGAUCAUUUGAUCAAAACAGGAGCUCACUCACUGUCCUACCAGGAAUAUAAGUAGCCUCUGUUUUUGUUUUCCCUCAGAGCUAAACUAUGCUUACUUAUGUUACUGUUAGGACCAUAUUUUAUCUGUCCCAGACUCAUUUCAGCAUUUCCUUGAAGUUGGAAAGUUGCUCACUGUAAUGAUAGUUGUCAAAGAGCAUUAUUCAUGUAAAUCCACCUGCAAAACUGACCCUCACUUUUGCCCCAAUACAUAUCUUCCCUCGGGUUCUUUGAUCAUCUCGUUCUUCCCACAUUUUGCACAAAAUGCUUUUUUACAGUCAUUUUGCAAUAACUGGAUGUCAAAUACUAUCUUUUGGGCAUUUGUUGAAAAAUCCAAAUGCCUAAUAACAGGGUUUGAAAAAAAACUAAGCAAUUUUACAAGUACACUGAAUUGGAUCAGCAUUAUUAUUCAUUAUAAUGCUAUAUAUAUUUUUGAAGCAACACACUAUAGUUGUCAUAAAACUAUCUUUAUUCUUCUUCUCCAAAGUGUUGUUGUAAAUUCAUUUGACCUUUACUGCAAGGGAAAAAAAAUCUUUUUUAUAUCGGGUAUCAGGACAAGGCUCAGUUUGUAACAAAUAGUGGACCAUUACAAAAGAGGAAAGGAAGAAGCCAGGGCUGAGCAGGGAGAAGCUUCAGUUCAAUUUCACCUCAUAUCUUUCUAAUAACUUACUUGUCACUUUAUUACCUUCCAGUAAUGUGAAUGCUGCUGACAAGACUGUCACACUAACAGCAGACAACACCCUCUCUGCUUCAGCCCCAGCUCUCCUGGCUACUUAUUGCCCUGGCCCUGAAGGGACACAAACUAAUAGUGUGCUUUCCACUUCAGCACUUGGCCAUCAAAUAUAAAAGGAUGCGUAAUUGCCUGUUUAUCCCUGGUGAAGGGGAAAUUGAGUACAAGGGCUAGGCUUUCCCACCAAGUCCCCUGAUGUACACACACAUUCACAACCAUCUCCUGCCACUCUGUCCCUCUCUCCCAGCCCUCCCUCCCUCGUUCCUCCUUUCUCCUCAGAGCACACAAGCAGCCCAUAUGCACACCUACUGUGUCUUUGGGAAGCUCCAGACUGUCUCCAGAUGCCCUCUCCCAGCUAUUAAGUGGACAGUAACAAGAUGACUUCUUAAAUAAAGGGUCAGGAGAGAGAUGCUAUCUGUGACAGACAUCUCUAUUUCUUUGGAAACUUAAGUAUUGCAUUUCCACGCCCAUCCACUUUUAGGAGUAUUGGGUGUGGUCCUAUAAUUAGAGAAAUUUUUUCCUAUAAGUCAAUGGCAUACAUAGGAUUGGAUUGACCCACAUUCUGUAGGGAAAGGAUUAAAAUAUUUAUCUACCCCUUCAAAAAGUGCAUGUGUUGUGAACAAACUGGUUAUGCAUGGUGAUAAAAAAAAUUUUUUUUUGAAUUUUUCUUUUAGUCUUUGGCAUCAAACCAUUAUUCUAAAUGUAUAUAUGUAUCUUUCAAUGACAGACUCAAAAUCCAUACUGUAACAUGACAGAUUAGCCUUCAUUUUUUCAAACUGGACUGACAAUCUAAAAAAAGUAAGGCAAUGCUUUUAACCUUAAUUAUUCAACCAAGGACUACCCACAAAUAAAAAGGUAAAUUCUCCACUUGGGAGAAUUUGGGUAAGUACAAGUACAGUGAGCUUUAGAAAUCCAAGUGACAGAGGACCAAAAGUAUACAGGAAGUCUACAUAGAAAUGUUAGAUCCCAAAAGACCUUCAACCCAAAUAUUGUGUUGGUAUUGGCUGCUGUUUCUGUGUGUUGAAUUAUUUCAUUAGUAAUUGAAAAAGUAGCUAGUGAGUGACUAAAUAAAAUGCAAGACCCAUUCAUGCACUUUCCUCAUGGAACUGGGGAACAACAUGCUUCCUUCUAACCCUGCAGCAGCAGGUGACAAAAGAUAGUUGGCCUCUGCUAUGAGCAGUCAGUCACAUUUCAAAUAAAAUAUUUGUCAACCAAAUAAGACACGUGCAGAUGUCAUUUCUAAUGUGGAUUUUUGCAAAGACAGAAAGCAGUGGAUUUAGGCAUAGAUGGCAUAACCAGUCUAUGCCAACGAGCUGCCUAAUUUCAUAAAACGUUGGAGGACUGUAAAGAAAAGCACUUUGAGCAAGGACUUUGGGUUAGAGAGAAGGCAGUUUGUUGACUUGUUUUUUUUUAUGUUCCUCAUUAUAUGUAUAUUACAUCACUUAUCAAACAUCCUUGAAUCUUAAUUAAAAACUCAGUUGCCAAAAUUGCACAAAUUCUACUAGCUGAUGCUAGCUUUCUCCCUUUAAGUAACAGGGAUGCCUAGGAACAUUUCUAAUAGUUUAAUGCUUUAUUAGCUUUCUUUUAAACAAUCUUUGAAGGAAAAAAGGAAGAACAGAAAAGGGUAUUUUGACAAAAAUGGAGAGAAGUAGAUAGUAUAAAAGUAUAUUUCUUGAAGAAGAGAGAGAAUCUAAGUGGUAUACCAAGAUUUUAUAAGGCUUCCUCUUGCCAAAUGUGAUGUUGAGAUAAUGCACAGCUAAGAUGGCAAAUCCAUAAAUUAUUAACAGGCUCUGCCCACUUCUGUUAUGGAAUGCAAGGUUUGAGAGGUUACUCUGGGGAGACCCUGGAUGUAUGAGAGAGCUCCACUCAUCUGGCCCUGGCAAUGUUUGCAAAAAAAAAAAAAAAAAGAGGAGAAAACUCCAGCCUCUUUGGUAGUCCCCCUGCGAGGUGAACUGACCUGGCACUGUUUCAGUGGGAACUUGCUGCCUGCCUUUUCCAUACUGGGAGACAAAGCAUCCCCCACCUCACCCCUGAAUCGGGGCUGUAGCCGUGAGAAGCAUUGAUUCAUGAGGUAUGAUGCUCUUGAACUCCCAGACAAUGUGCUGAGUUAAUAGGUUCACUUGAGAUGUAUAAACCAAGGCUGAUUGUUUAUUUUUUUUUUUUAAAUCUAGUACUCAAUUUGGAGCGUUUCUUUAUGUCUUUGUGCAGAGUAAUCCAAUCCUCUCAUUGCCUGUCUUAAUCUCCUCUGACUUUCCUAUUAUCUUUCUCACUCCCACCCUUUGCUCUUCUGAUCUCACCCACUCCCCUCAAAACAAUAAAAGUAAGGAAAAUAAAUAAAUCUUUGCUGAAGCAAGAAGGUAGAACACUCCUUCCUUCAUCGUGGUUCUGACCACUUUGGAAACGUGGGGGUUCUACCCUGUCCAGGGUUUACAUAACGUGAAUUCAAUGGAUGAGACGUUUUCCUAUUAUAUAUUAACCUGAUAUGACUAUCUAAGAUUAUAAUAUGGUGCGUUCACUUUCCUGAGCAAACUUUGGUUCAACCACCCUGCAGAGAAUCUCACACUCUCCUGCUAGCACGGGUAGGAAAAGCGCAGGAGAGCUCAGAGUGGGUAUGUGGAGGUCAGGGGCAAGGAAGGUUAAGAAACUGGGAGAAGACUUUAGUCUGAGGCCACCUGGCCUUUCAGUGUGCAGCCCCCUCAGCAGCAUGAGGGUGACUGAGGCACCAGUGGGUAGUUCCCAUGUGAGGCCUCCCUCACACUCUUGCCAGGCUCAAUCGAUGAAGCCCUUGCUGCUUUUCUGCUUCUUUGAGGGUAGAACAGGGUACACGCUGGGGCUCUGGAAAAGGAAGUUCUCUAUUCUCUCCUGCUGAUCAUGGAACCGUCCUGCAAAAUGUACUGAGAUCCCUCAGAGAGCUGAGAGAACGCACAACUUUCUUAUUCACCCCAAACCCACAGGUGCAUCUUCAGUAACAAAACAUUUGACCCGGCCUGCAUAUUUGACAAUGAAAAUGUCCAAAGGGCAUAUUGAGACAUCUUGAGGAAAAGAAAUUUUCACCCAGAUGUGUCCUCUCACUCCCCACAAAUUUAGGGGUUUGGCCCUGUCUUGUCUUUUCUGUUCUCAUCUGUGUCAAGCCAGCCUUUUCUGCUACACUUGCAGCAGAACCAAAGUCUGACCAUGAAAGCUGACUGCACCAAGGGCUGGGGACAGCUCACAUUGCCCUGAUCUAAUAAUCGUGACGUCGGUAGCUUCGUAAAUACUGUAUGAAUUUUAAGUGGGGGUUUUAUUUUUGUUUCAUUUUGUUUUAUUUUUUGUUGUUGUUGUUGUUUUUAUUAGUAGUCUGAGGUAAUUAAAGUUUUUUAUUUGCUAUUUCCUUUGUGUAUUUUCUGUACUAUAACUGUCUACAGUAUGUCUUUUGCAUAAAAUGCAUAAGGGUUUGGGGAUGUAAAUGGAAUUUUAUUCAUAUUUUGUCCAAAUACCUCUUGUAAUUUGUAUCAAAAUUCUUGUACAAUUUUUAUAUUAAAGAUUUAUCAGUCACUGA